AUGGAGAUGCCCAAAAGCCCCAGAAAAGAAGUCUAUCAUCCUCUGACUGGGCAUUCUGACGAUCGGCGGUCCAGCGUCGAAGAUGAGCUCUUUGACUACCAGGAUCACUCAGACUCGCAGUCGCAGCAGAGAUAUCAUGAUCGUCGGAACUACAUUCUCUGGGCGCUCUACCUAGCAUCUAAUGUCAUAUCUUUUGUUGUUGGUGGCUAUUUCGGCACUAAGAUACACACCAACAGCCUCGACAGGGAGUGCUCAAUGCACACAUCGGCUUAUUCACCGUUAACAAAAGCUGUUGAUAUCACGUACGCAUACACCAACUUCAACGGGUCAUUCCUCAAAGAAACCAUUUACAGGAAGGAUGCGUCCCCCGAGGUAGAUGCUGCUUGGGAGGCAUUAGGGGUAGAUUACCGCCCUGGUAUUAUUCCCCUCGAAGACGGGCCUGCAGUCGGUCUUGAAGAGCGUCAUGUACAGCGUUCGGAGAAGUACGGCGCAGGAUACUUUGUGAACGUAGAGGGGAUGCACCACUUGCACUGCCUGAAUCUUGUCAGAAAGUCAUUGUACUUCAACUAUGCGUACUACAAAGACCUUGGCAUGCACGCCUUCAAGAAUGACGAGCACAUUCUCAAGCUCCAUAUCACUCACUGCCUCGACACUGUCCGCCAGGUGCUCAUGUGCAACGUUGAUACGGGCCUUCUCGGUCAAGUCUGGUUUGAUCCGCAGAAGCCGGCAGCUUUCCCCGACUUCAAUACGCGGCACAAGUGCAAGAACUUUGAUGCAGUCAGGCAGUGGGCAGAAACGCUGCAGGCUCCUCUGGCAGACCAGAUUCCUAUGGACUACGUGAAGCCAGCAGAUCCUCGAUACAUUCUGCCGAGUACCCCCUAA